AUGCCUAUACAGCUCCUCCCUGCGUCGGCAGCAGCAUUCGCACCUCGAUCGGCCCCGACAAUCGUACUAGGCUCCAGAGUCGAGACAUGGCUCACACAAGCACUGAAGCGCAUCAGUCGCGUCAAACGGCCCCUCAACAGCGUUCCGCAACACUAUCGCUUCCUGACAGAGACUCUGGGCGCAUCGACUGCCAUCUGGCUCUUGUCCUCGCUGAUGCUGCCGAAUGCUCCCGACUCGGAACUGCUCAAAGACUCGGAUCCGCUGCGGGAAGCCAUCUCCAACUACACUCUGACACCUGUGCAAGCAUACGUCGUGCAUGUCGACAUGGUUUCUCAACACGAAGUCGCCUUCAAGUUGACCCAAGACACCAUCGACGCUCUGAUAGACUACCACAAUGACAUCUACUCGGUCGACAUUGCAGCCAGUACCUAUGCGUGGCCAGAGAAGGAUGAUCAGAUCAAGAAGAUGCAAGAGACUUUUGUCCAAGCUGUCAAUCGCUUUGUCUACCGGACGGGCGUCCGUGCUUUGGAAGGUCUGGAAGAGGAAGGCGCGGGCGAGCUGCUCGAAGGGCGAAGUGACAGUGUCAAGUCGGCCAUCAUGAACCUGUUCUUGCCUCUUCUUCCUCCGCCUCCACGAGUUGUCGACCUGAUCGCCCCUGCUCCACCCAUGUCGAACAUGUACUUUGUACCUGGUCAGUGGUGGCAGCCGGCCCAGGCCUACCAUCUAGUACCCAACCCUGUGGAUCCGUGGCAGGUCCUACCUUCUAAUCCCGGAACAAGUACUGCCGGCGCCCCUCCGGCUCAUUAUUGGUCCUCGCUGGGUAUGGACGCUGCCCAGCUUCCUUCUCCGACACCCUCGUACAGUCAAUCACCUGUCCACGUCUGUGAGCCACCGUUUUAUACCUCAGCACAACUCGCUAGUGGUAUACCUAUCAUGUCUAUGCCCAUGAUACCUUUGCCAAGUGCAUUGCCCUCGUGUGGCACGAGUAUGUCAAACACCGGCUUCGACGCCCAUGGUUGGGGCUUUAACGCAUUUGCUCCGCAAUAUGCUACCAUCUAG